AUGCGAUACUGUGAUACCCUGUCAAUCACCAACUUACCCUGGAUUGCGUGUAAUGGAGUAGAAGCAAUUUUUCCUAAUUUCGCGACACGGUCACCUACAUUAAGAUGCCGACAUUCGGCUGGCAGGACAAUGAGAGUCCACACGCUCAGUUCAUUCGCGGUGUGGAUUGGAGCGCGACGGCGAUCGGUGCACCGGAAACAUGGCCACAACAACUCCACCAGAUGAUAGAUCUUAUUCUACUGGAUCCAACACCGAGCGCAGUCAUGUGGGGCGACAGCCUCACAAUGGUGUACAACGACGGAUUCGUGGAAUUUGCUGGCGAAAAGCACCCGAAACUCAUGGGAGGAACACCAAUGGUAUCAUAUGCCGAAGUCUGGGAAGCUCAAUUUGCUCCGAUCAUCAAACUUGGUAGGGAAGAGGGCAAAGCUACUCGUCACAAGGAUGUUCCACUAUUCUUGAAGCGGCAUGGAUACUUGGAAGAGGUCUUUGUGGACUACACUUUUAUACCGCUCACUGGAAAUAACAAGGAAGUCGUAGGAUUUUAUCAUACUGCUGUCGAAACUACCGAUCAGAACCUGGCCAGACGAAGGACUCAAACAUUGAUCGAUAUAGGCAAUCAUGCAGGCAUUGCGCGAGAUAUGAGACAAUACUGGAAUGCCGUACUGAAAGGAUUUGAGAACAACAUUUGGGAUGUCCCAUAUGCUAUCGCCUACGAAUUCCACAACGACAAGGAGAGGGAUAGCGAAUCCUAUAAUGGAUCAGAAAACCGCUCAAACUCUCGCACCAGAUCAAAUAGAUCAGCCUCGUUCUCAGAGUCCGUAUCUUCUUCGGGACGCAUCACCAUUCCAAGGGCAUGUAGUUUGGCUGGUGUGAUUGGAAAACCGAUGACGCAUGUCCCGCUGAUUCUGAAUGUUUCAAUCGAAGAGGAAGGCUUCCAUCAAGUUGUGAAGAAGGCAAUUUCGUCAGGCGAGCCGGUGCGCCUUGAAAUCGCUCACGAAAAGACACCGGAAUGGCUCAAAUCUAAUGCUCAAGGACGAGCAUUUGAGGAACCCAUCAGACAUGCAGUUGUGAUGCCUAUCAGGCCGACAACCAGGAAUGACACUGAAGGCUUGAACGCAAUUGGAUUUGUGGUAAUUGGUCUCAACCCCCGUCGUUCAUACGACGAUGACUAUCAACGCUACACGCGCCUCUGGAGCCAACAACUGGCCACUUCAGCAGCAUCAGUGGUUCUUCUCGAGCAAGAAAAUAAGCGACAGAUGCGACUCAAAGCACAGCUCUCCAUCAACGAGACUAGAUUCAGUCGCUUUGCCGAAAUGUCGAACGUCGCCAUGUGGAUAGUCAAUCCUUCCGGAGUCUUGAUAUAUGGAAAUCAAUCAUGGUACGAGCAAAUGGAUGUCACAGAAGGAACUCCUGGAGAAAAAGGACUUCCGGCGUGGGCAGAUUGCGUGUCAGAUGACACAAGGCCCACGUUGGUUGAUGCUUGGAAAUCUCUGACUGGAGACCAAAUCGCAACGAAUUUUGAGAUUCGUCUCAAUCCCACCAGGGCAACUAAACAAAGUCGAUGGGUUCUGUCGUCCGCAUUCCCAGAAUUGGCAGAAGAUGGCUCUCUCAAAGCAAUAUGGGGAUGCAACACCGACAUCUCUCAUCAGAAGUUAGCCGAGGAACUCAAGGAGCAAAGACUGCUGGACGUUCUGGAAGCAAAGCGACAGAGUGAAUCGUUUAUCGACACAGUAUCUCACGAGAUGCGUAACCCAUUGUCUGCGAUUCUACAGUGCGCAGACGGUGUCAACACCUCUAUCAUGGAGGCUCGCCAGUCAUCUGAAGACCCUGACCAUACCGAUAUUGAUCGUGAAGGACUGGACUACAUUGUUGAGUCAACGCAGACGAUCAUACUGUGUGCUCAACAUCAAAAGAGGAUUAUCAAUGACAUUCUUACGCUCAGUAAACUAGAUGCCCGACUUCUCGAAGUCGCUCCGACGGAAGUUGAUCCUGUCGAAACUGUCAAACAUGCCCUCCGACUCUACCAACAAGAAUGCCAAAACGCGGACGUCGAAACUGCAAUCAGAAUAAACCAAUCGUAUGACGCUUUGGCUAUCGAUCGUGUGCUUGUUGAUCCAUCGAGGUUACUCCAAGUUUUGAUCAAUCUGCUAGGCAAUGCCAUCAAAUUUACACAGCUUCAAGAGCAGAGAAUGAUCACAAUCACUGUUGGAGCAUCACUCGAGAGCCCAGCUAUGCUAAGCGAUGGAGAACAAUACUUCUUCCCACGAGCGUCAAAGAAAGAGCCGGUAUUCGGGGCCGAGUGGGGAACUGGCGAAGAAUUAUUCUUGCACUUCUCAGUGAACGACACUGGAGUAGGUUUGACGAGCGCCGAGAUGAAGAACUUGUUCCAUCGCUUCUCUCAGGCAUCGCCGAAAACUCACGUCACUUAUGGCGGCUCGGGUCUCGGCUUGUUCAUUUGCAAAGAGCUAGCAGAGCUUCAAGGUGGUCGCAUCGGAGUCUCUUCUACUCCAGGCAAAGGAAGUGACUUCAAGUUUUACGUCAAAGCUCGCAGAGCUACGACACCUCCCAAACGGGAGCUUCCAGAUCGUACUAAUACAGCUACAAAUUCGAGAAAACAGAGCCAAUCACCCCACGGUGGACAGAAGACUCCAGAGGAUAAGGAUAAGCUACGAGUAACACAUCCUAGCUAUAUUGCACCCUUGAACAGGAGUCACUCGGCGUCCCAAAACCCUGUUGUGGGAUCUCCCAGUGACGCAAACACGUUACAUGUUUUGAUUGUGGAGGAUAACUUGAUUAAUCAGAAGGUCAUGGCCCAACAGCUUAAGAAAGCCAAAUGCGAGGUUCAUGUUGCAAACCAUGGUGCAGAUGCUCUGUUUUUCUUGGAAAAGACCACAUUUGCAAAGGGGUGUGGCCCAUAUGCAACACCACUCUCAAUAAUUCUCAUGGACCUUGAGAUGCCGGUAAUGGAUGGAUUGACCUGUAUUCGAAGGAUCCGAGAAUGGCAAAAACAAGGCAAGCUUACAAGGCCAGUGCCUGUAAUUGCGGUCACGGCCAAUGCGCGUAACGAGCAAAUCACCAUGGCACAAGAAGCGGGCAUGGACGACGUUGUCACCAAGCCAUUCAAAAUCUCCGAGUUGAUACCCAAGAUGCAUACAUUGAUAGACAAGAUUUCGACAUGAUGAUCUGAUAUAGCAUAAAGCGGGAUUGGGUUUAUCAAGCAACAGCAUAGAGGCGUCCGGCGUUGAGGGCAUCAUAACUUGACAUUUAUCGGGCGCAAAAUUCAUCGUCGUAUCUCUUGGAUUAAACUCGUUUUUCCGUCAACGGUAUGCCACAGAUUACAUUUCUCUAUCUACAGUACCACAGAUUCGAGAUUCAUUCCCCAGAGCGUUCGAUUCACAAUCCGCGUCAACUUUAAGCACAUCAGGAAGGCGCAUUGGUUAUGGCUACUGGUCCAAAUGCAGCGACCACACGGCACGUGUCUGCCGAAGACAAGGAUCGAACUUGCCUAAUCGACGACCAAAAGUAGCCAAGCAGACCACUGGUAAAAACAACGAUGCAGGUAUAGCCGGAUAGCCUAAAAUCUUAUUUCAGCC